CCUCUUCUUCUUCUCUAUCUAGACAGACCCAUUAUUCUCGCCCCUUCAUUCCUCCUUGUCUGCGCGAAUGGCUUUUCUCUGUAUCUGUUAAACUAUCCAAACAACCUUUCGACAGAUUCCCAUUUCUACAAGGAAGAAGAAGAAGAAACCUACCUGAUUCAAAUCAAGUCAACGAUCCAUCAAAUCAAAUCAAUAUGUCUAGACGAACCCUACCUCUCCUGAAGCAACUAUCCUCUCGUCAAUCAUCCAUCCGUCAUGUAACCUAUAUGCCUCGACCAGGUGACGGUUCUCCCAGAGCAGUCACUCUAAUUCCUGGCGACGGAAUCGGUCCCAUGGUAACCGGCGCAGUUGAACAAGUAAUGGAAGCUAUGCACGCCCCUCUUUACUUCGAGCGUUACGAUGUUCAUGGCGAUAUGAAGACCGUUCCUCAAGAGGUAUUCGAUUCCAUCCGCAAGAAUAAAGUAUGUUUGAAAGGAGGUUUAAUAACACCUGUUGGAGGUGGUGUUAGUUCUCUUAAUGUUCAACUCAGGAAAGAACUUGACCUAUAUGCUUCACUUGUUAAUUGUUUCAAUCUUCCUGGUUUGCCUACACGUCAUAGUAAUGUUGACAUUGUUGUCGUUAGAGAGAAUACUGAAGGGGAGUAUUCUGGACUUGAACAUGAGGUUGUUCCUGGUGUUGUAGAAAGCUUAAAGGUGAUAACAAAAUUCUGCUCAGAAAGGAUUGCAAAGUAUGCGUUUGAGUAUGCUUAUCUGAACAACAGGAAGAAAGUAACUGCUGUUCAUAAAGCCAACAUUAUGAAACUUGCUGAUGGUCUGUUUCUAGAAUCCUGUAGAGAGGUUGCAAGCAAGUAUCCAAGUAUUCAAUAUGAUGAGAUCAUUGUUGACAACUGCUGUAUGCAACUUGUUUCAAAACCAGAGCAAUUUGAUGUUAUGGUGACCCCAAAUCUAUAUGGGAAUCUAAUUGCAAAUACAGCAGCCGGAAUUGCUGGAGGCACUGGUGUAAUGCCAGGAGGUAAUGUGGGAGCUGAUCAUGCUGUAUUCGAGCAAGGUGCGUCAGCUGGAAAUGUGGGAAACAAGAAUGUGGUGGAACAGAAGAAAGCAAAUCCUGUUGCCUUGUUAUUGUCAUCAGCUAUGAUGUUAAGACAUCUUCAGUUUCCUUCGUUUGCAGACAGACUUGAAACUGCAGUCAAACGCGUGAUUUCAGAGGGUAAAUAUCUAACUAAGGAUGUUGGUGGUGAUAGCUCUACUCAAGAGGUUGUUGAUGCUGUUAUUGCUAAACUCGACUGAAAAUUCCCAGGUUUGGUUGGUUGGUUGGUUUGGGUUGAAUCGAAUCCAAGUAUCAUAUUUUGUUUUUGAUUAUUUUUUUCAUCGAUAUUUUCUUUUGAUCUGUCUGGGUACAGGUUAACCUUAUUUACAUUCAUCAUAUUCUUCUCUUCUUUUUUUUUUUCUUCUUAAUAACUAAUCCUGGUUAGUUAUGUGGCUUGGGAAACAAACACUUUUUCCAUGUGAUUCAAUUGAUUAUCAGACUUCUUCA